AUGGGGGCAUCAGGAAUGAUGUGCGACGCCAUGGAAGCAUUGGAGCAAAUUGGGGGUGGAGCCAUCAUCAAUGGCGUCUGCAGUUGGGACGGAAUUCCGCACUCGACUCGCACAGUCGACCCAAAACUCAGCCUCCCCGAUAUUUCUCGUCGUGUUAUGGACUUGUGCAAAGAACUAUUCAAGGGAUGGUCUGAACUUGAUGACUGUUGCUUCACUGUUGAGAGAGUUUCUGGCGGUAUAACAAAUCUAUGUGAGUACUCGUUCCCCCUGGACCUAGCUACGUGCUGACAGACUUGUAAUGCUGUAGCUAGUGAUGAGGAAUUGUAAUGCUGUAGUGCUAAAGGUGUCCGUUAAGGAUGUCAGUGGAGACGAGAGCAGAGUAACGGUUAGAUUAUACGGACCAAACACCGAUUAUGUCAUUGACCGUGAGCGCGAGUUGCAGGUUCAUUAAUCACUUUCGCUUAGACACGAGGUUGGAUUCUGUAUAUAAGUUCUUCUUCUGCUGAUUCUGACGGCAUUCUCCUAUGUUCAUAAAUCACAGGCUACUAAACACCUGUCAGCUGCAGGAUUUGGUGCGAAAUUGCUUGGAGUGUUUGGGAAUGGUAUGGUGCAGUCUUUUAUCACUGCACGCACUCUAAAACCAGCAGACCUGAGGGUGCCAAAUUUGGCUGCUGCUAUUGCUAACCAACUCCGCCGGUUUCAUGCAGUGGAAAUCCCAGGAUCCAAGGAGCCUCAGUUGUGGAAUGACAUAUUCAAGUUAUAUGAGAAUGCAUCCAUUCUGCAAUUUGCUGAUGCCGAGAAACAAAGAAUCUACGAGACGAUCUCCAUGAAAGACUUCUAUGGUGAAAUCAUCGAAAUCAAGGAAUUGACAGCACUUGUGAACUCUCCAGUGGUGUUUGCUCACAACGACUUGGUAUUCGGGAAUCUCAUGUUUAAUGAUGAAGAAGAGAAACUCUACAUGAUAGAUUUUGAAUAUGGGGCAUACGGUUAUAGAGGCUUCGACAUUGCAAACCACUUCAUUGAGUAUGCAGGCUAUGAUUGUGACUACAACUUAUACCCCAAUUUAGAAGAACAGUAUCACUUCUUCAGGCAUUACUUACAACCUGGGAAUCCGCACGAGGUGCCCGUAGAGGAGCUUGAAGCACUCUAUGUAGAGUCCACCACUUUCAUGUUGGUGUCGCACAUAUUCUGGGCACUCUGGGCGCUAAUCCAGGCGAAGAUGUCGCGGAUCGAUUUCGAUUACUUGGGCUACUUUUCGGUGCGAUACGAGGAAUACAAGAGGCAGAAGGAAACAUGCUGUUCACUGGCUCGAUCUUAUGUUUCAGGAAUGCCCAGAAGCCUGUCUUUCUGAGUAUUGUUUCAUUAUUGCAAUAAAUUGUAAUUGUGUUUCAAAUAGAGUUGGUAGUAGGCAGGACAAGCUGCUAAAAGCUCAAGCCAACUUCGUUCUGUUAAUAAGCCAGAUCUUGUGCUACUGCAAAUCUCUGAAAUGUGGCGUGCACUAAUAAAAUCUUCUGUCGCAACGCCCAGUUCGCAUUAUUUCUUGCUAAGCUAGAAGUUUGAUUCUUGGACAAUGAUAUAAAUCUAUUAGAUAGUGUCUUC